UGGAGUUGUCAUUUGUUUGUCUUAUGAGCACUUUCUCAGUCUUUUCCUUUGAACAGUUAAAGAAAGAAAGAAGAUGGAAUAGAAGUUUCAUUUCUCUAUCACAGAUAGAAAAUCAAAUUGUGGGGGAGUUUCCAAAGAUUAAAAUCAGGAGCUUUUUAUUCUAACAUAUCUGUACAAGUGCAGCAGCAGCAAGAAAAAAUGGAUUCUUCUCAAUCAUCUGAUGAAACUAGUAGAAGUCAACACAUAUCUUAUUCUAACAUCUAUGGGUUUUCAGCAAAAUAUGUACCAUUCAACGCAGAUCCAUCCUCAACUGAAUCUUAUUCACUUGAUGAGAUCAUCUACACAAGUGCCUCUGGUGGGUUGUUAGAUGUGCAGCAUGAUAUGGAAGCACUGAAGAAAUUUGAUGGUCAAUACUGGAAAAAUCUAUUUGAUUCAAGAACAGGUAAAACUACUUGGCCAUAUGGAUCUGGUGUUUGGUCAAAAAAAGAAUGGGUUUUGCCGGAGAUUGAUGCCGAGCAUAUUGUCAGUGCAUUUGAAGGUAAUUCUAAUAUUUUCUGGGCUGAAAGAUAUGGCAAAACAGUACUAGGUAUGAAUGAUUUAUGGGUCAAACAAUGUGGUAUUUCACAUACUGGUAGUUUUAAGGAUUUGGGCAUGACUGUGUUGGUUAGUCAAGUUAAUCGAUUGCGAAAACUAGGUAAACAACCGAUUGUUGGUGUGGGUUGUGCGUCGACUGGUGAUACGUCUGCUGCGUUAUCAGCUUAUUGUGCUGCAGCAGGUAUACCGGCCAUUGUUUUUUUACCUGCUAAUAAGAUUUCAAUGGCUCAGUUAGUUCAGCCAAUUGCUAAUGGUGCAAAAGUUUUAAGUUUAGAUACUGAUUUUGAUGGAUGUAUGCAAUUGAUACGCGAAGUUACGGCUGAAUUGCCGAUUUAUUUAGCUAAUUCUUUGAAUAGCUUGAGAAUUGAAGGGCAGAAAACUGCUGCAAUUGAGAUACUACAACAGUUUAAUUGGCAAGUGCCGGAUUGGGUUAUUGUGCCUGGUGGGAAUUUGGGGAAUAUCUAUGCUUUCUACAAAGGGUUUCAUAUGUGCAAGGAGUUAGGACUUGUGGACCGAUUACCACGUCUUGUUUGUGCUCAAGCUGCGAAUGCUAAUCCGUUGUAUCUGCAUUAUAAAUCUGGGUGGGACAGUGAAUUUAAGCCUGUCAGAGCCAAAACUACAUUUGCAUCUGCAAUUCAGAUUGGCGAUCCAGUUUCUAUUCAUAGAGCUGUUUUUGCUUUGAAAAACUGUGAUGGGAUUGUUGAGGAAGCGACCGAGGAGGAAUUAAUGGAUGCAAUGUCUCAGGCAGAUCUUACUGGAAUGUUUGUUUGUCCUCAAACUGGCGUUGCGCUCUCUGCAUUGAUUAAGCUUAGAAAUAAAGGAGUUAUCGCACCGACUGAUCGGACAGUUGUAGUUAGUACUGCUCAUGGAUUGAAGUUUGCACAAGCCAAGAUUGAUUACCACUCGAAAGCAAUUCCAGGUAUGGCUUCCCAAUUUGCUAACCCACCUAUAGAAGUGAAGGCCGAAUUAGCAGCCGUUAUGGAUGUUCUGCAGAAUGAAGUGUUGAGUGACUUGCAUUAAAAACAGUUCUUGUGGUUUUGACUGCCUGAAUGUUUGGUUUUAUGCAAUUUUAUCUUUUACUUGUAUGCAUUAUGGUUUUUGU